AGAUUUUUUUUUUACUUAUCAAUCCUUUUUUCUUUUUCUUUUUUUUUCAGUUGAAAGAAGAAGAAGAAAAUACAGUGAAACUGCAUUCCACGAGUUUAUCUUCGCAACAACGAAGUCAUAUUUGCUGCCACAAAUUGCCUUUUAUUUCUCUGUCAUCCUAUCUUCGAUUCCUCCCCAAAUCUCUAAACUCCGUCGCGGGGAUUUGUUUUCGGUUCAAUUCCCCUCAAAAUCUUGCCACUUUUCAAACCCCUGAUUGGCUUUUCCAUCUGGGUUUUCAUUCCCGAUCGAUCCGUGGGUUUGAGAUUCGGAGAAUUAACAUUCAUCUCCGGUUUCAAUAAAGUUGAUGCAUUUAAAAUCUUAGUGGGUAGGUUUAGGGUUAUUGUGAUUUGGGGAAAAAAUGGAGUCGAGUCGAAGAGCGGUGGAAUCGUACUGGCGGUCGCGGUUGAUCGAUUCAGCUACGUCCGAUGAAGAUAAAGUCACACCCGUUUACAAAUUGGAGGAAAUCUGCGAACUUUUGCGUUCUUCGCAUGUUAGUAUUGUGAAGGAGGUUUCAGAGUUUGUCUUAAAACGUUUGGAAAAUAAAAGCCCAAUUGUUAAACAGAAGGCUUUAAGAUUGAUAAAGUAUGCAGUUGGGAAGUCUGGUGUGGAGUUCAGAAGGGAAAUGCAGAGACAUUCAGUGGCAGUUCGUCAGUUGUUUCAUUACAAGGGACAGUUGGAUCCUUUGAAAGGUGAUGCACUAAAUAAGGCUGUGAGAGACACUGCUCAUGAGGCUAUCUCAGCCAUAUUUUCAGAAGACAAUAAUAAUAAUAAUAAGCCAGCGCCUGCUGAAGAUCUAAACCGGCGGAUACAAGGGUUUGGGAAUACAAACUAUGAACCGCCGCCAGAAGAUAAGAAAUCUUUUAUCAGUGAGGUUGUUGGUAUUGGAAGCGCAUCAAUUAAGCAAGGACUUAAUAGCUUAACGCAGGGACAUUCGCUAAUGAAGAAUGAUCCUGGAAGCUACAAGAGUCCAAAUCUUCGAAGGUCGUUGACCAAUGAAACAGAACAUGGUGACAGAUAUGAACUGGUUGCAUAUCGUAAUGAAACUCAGGGUAGUUUUGGAGCAUCAAAGAGUCAAUCUACUGGUCCUUGGAAUCAGGAUUCAAGAGUAACUAAGGUGGAAACAUCAAAUGGGGAAUCUAGUGCAAGUUAUGUAGAGAGUAAGACAAGUGAGGAUAAGUUGCUGGAGACAAUUGUAACUUCAGGAGGUGUUCGACUGCAACCCACUCGAGAUGCCAUUCAAGUUUUCCUAACAGAGGCUGCAAAGUUGGAUGCACUGGCUCUAUCUCACGCCCUUGAGCUGAAGCUUCAAUCUCCAAUUUGGCAGGUUCGCAUGAAAGCUGUUUGUGUCCUUGAGGCCAUCCUUAGAAAGAAGGACGAUGAUCACUUUUCACCAGUGGAAUCCUACUUCACGGAAAAUAAAGACGUGGUGCUGAGAUGUUCUGAAUCUCCCCAAGCCUCUUUAAGGGAAAGGGCUAUGAAGGUUCUUGGCCUUUUAGGUGGAGGCCAGCCAAACAGCUCUACAGUUAAUUCAGAGAAGACUGUGAAAACAGAGAAUGCUACUGUUGCUGAGUUGCCUGACUUGAUAGACACUGGUGAUUCAAAUGAUUACCAUGGAACUGAUGACACUCUAAAGGGUACAAGUGAUCAAAAUAUAGCAAAUUUGACAUCAUCAACUCCUCUGGUUGAUGAUUUAUUUGGAGAUUUUAGUGCUUCUAUUGGAGCUAGUCAAGAACUAAAAAAUGAUGAUCCAUUUGCUGAUGUAUCAUUUCACACAAAUGAGAACAAAGAACAUGCAGAUGAUCUCUUUUCUGGAAUGACUGUUGGUAGCAAUAAGCAGGGCGAUCAUGAGAGUCACAGGCAGGGGAAUAUAACUGAACCUCAACUUUUUGACAUUUUUGCUUCCAAUUCUGAACAAGGAAACCAUAAGGAGCCUGUUAGUGAUUUAAUGGCCGGUCUGUCAAUGGAUGAAAAUACCUCAAGUACGAAGCAGAAGGGAACGUCUCCUUUCAUGCAAUCUGAAUCUUUAUUUUCAGGUUUGAAUAACCAUAUCCCUGACAAUACUUCAGGUGGCAUGUUGAGCUCUCAGCCAAUGGGGUUUAAUGUAAAUCCUAUGUUUCCCACUGGUCCUAUGCCUUAUAAUAUACAGCCUGGUUUCAUGUUGAACCAACCUUAUUCUUCCCAGCCUCUCAAUUACGGUGCCAUGGGAACUCUUUUGGCUCAACAGCAAUUCUUGGCAACAAUGGCUAAUUUCCAACACCUUAGUAAUGUCAACAUGCAAGAUGAUGGUGUUGCUCAAAUGGCCGGACCUAAUGGAAGAUCACCUUUGCCAGACAUAUUUCAACCAAAUUUUCAAACUCAAACUCCUAGCUCAAUGAUCAACACUUCAAGGAAAGAAGAAACUAAAGCAUUUGACUUUAUCUCGGACCAUAUGUCAUCUGCUCGUGAUUCAAGGAGAAUGAUUUAAAUUUUCUAUCUUGUGCUGUUGUGGAGGAUAUUUACGGUGUGGAAUUGAUGGAUUGACAUUAAUAGAUCAAACGGUUUAUAGUUUCCUUACCUGUGCAAAAAGUUGAUUUCUCUUGCCGUGAUGGAGCAUUAUAAAUGACAUUCUACAUGUCCAUGUUGACAACAAAAUAAUAAAAUGAGAAUACGUUUUGGACAUGAAGAAGAGAUUCAAAUUGGUUGCGCUUUUAAUUAGAUUUUAGCAUGAGAAUGUUGUGUAGCACUGUAAUGUUAUAUUUCCAUGAGUAUGUUGUGUAUGUAGUUAAUGGUUGAGAUUUUGCAACUGUAAUUCAGGCGUCAAGUAAAAUACAACUCUCAGAUUUUGCAAAUGUCCAUUCAUAUUUUUUGUUA